AUGCCAGGAUCUGCAGCUAGAAGACCUUGGUCAUCACCCUCCCCAGAAAACGGAGAUGGUUAUCAAUCAGGUCCGUCCGGGACGGGGCGAAAGUCGAAAAGUCUGAAUUGUGCUGAAUGUCGUCGUCUCAAGAUCAAGUGUGAUCGUCAAGUGCCGUGCAACGGAUGUAUUAAGAGAGGCUACCCAGAGCUAUGUCCUGAUCGUGCGUUGGGUGGACUCAAGGGUUUGAUCCGAGAACGGGAUGACCUCGCCUCAAGAGUUCAUGAACUGGAAUCAAUGCUCGGGAACACGGCUGCUCCUCACUUGGCGUUCCACACGACAUCCCCUGCGAAUCCUACGUCUGGUGGACUAUCACCUGUGACAGUCAGGAAGAGCUCUGCAUACCUCAACGAUGUCACUGCAAUGGACGCGCUCGCUUCCGUAGCCUCGCGCUCACCACACGUAAUCGGACCUGAUCCGAUUGAGGCUCCUCACACGCUAUCCAGUGCAGAGUCGAGUCAGAGAAACGAGCUCGGCACCCUCCAAGUAGAUGCAGACCGAUCAACCUACGCCGGACCAGCUGCAGGCAUGCAAUGGCUUCGCGAUGAUACACUCAGAAGCGAUCACGCCCAUAUCCCGGCAUACCCUAUCGAUCGUGAUACCGCAGAUUUUGCAGCACUAGCCAACCUGCCGAACGCUACCUCUCAGCCGUAUAGCAAGCUAUUCAGCCAAUUACCCAACAUGGAAGAAGCUCGCAUCCUCUCUCAGUCGUAUUUCCGUCGCAUCGCUUGGAUCGGAACCCCGAUCACGUCGGCCGACUUUGACCAAAUUCUCGAAUCGGUCUAUAUCGAGCGACGGUCGAGUAGUGCUCAGCGUUCACCUCUUGCCUAUCAGCAGCUCGGCCUGGUAUCUGCCGUCCUGGCCUUUGGCAUGAUCAUGAACAUGGAGAUUCCGCCAUUGUCCUCGCAAGCCGUCACAUACCUUUCCAUCGCUCAGUCGUGUCUACUCAGUGGGAAAUUCAUGUUAAGCACGACCACCACUGGGCUGCAGACACUUUCUCUCAUAUGCACAGCGUUGCCUUAUGUGGAUCUUUCGUCUCGCUGGGAUUAUGCUUGGCAAUUGCUAGGCACUGCGAACCGGAUGAUGCAAGCGAUGGGUCUUCAUCGUGAUGGUAGUCUUUGGGGUCUUGAUGCGCAAGAGGUAGAUCGUCGGCGCAGACUGUUCUGGUAUAUUUACGGGUCGGAUGUAUUCAUGUCGGCUACUUGGGACCGGAUGACUGGAUUGAGUCCUGAUUACCUCGACACUAUGCUUCCAGAGUCGUUCUCCCAGCCAACCGUGACAUUUGACUACAUACACUCCAGAUUAGCAAGCUUGGCUAAAGAGCACGCGUUUGGACGAGACACACCGCGUCUCUGCUCCUCAAUGGACAAGAAUAAUAAAUAUCUGGCGCCGAUUGAUGAAACACCGCUGAGGCUUCGCUGCCGAGCUUCUAUGCGAGUCACGGUCUCAAAGUACGGCAGUCAACGCGAAGCCGAUGAAGCUAGUCCGGCGCCAAUUGCGACUGAUGUGGCUCUGCUCUUCCAACAACAUUACUUGGCCCUCAAGAUCAGUAGCACUAUAUACGCACUACUGCGACCAUACUUUGUCACUGCUUUGCGAGCUGCACCAGCAGAUCCGACGCAUUCGCCUUUCGCGGCGCCUUUCUUAGCUGCUGUCGAGCGACUGAUUAUGAUCAUUGCCACAUUACAAAGCCUGUACUCGCUCUCGCCCCUUGUCAGUGCUCGCCACUGGUACUUCUGGUCUGAUGGCCUCUCGGCCGGUGCAUGCCUAGCAUCGAUUUGUGUCAUCGCGCCGGGCUGUCCAGUCGCACCUCUGGCCAUGGAGUCUCUUGAAGGCUUUCUGAUCCUCCUGCCCAAUUUCCGAGACUCUAUCCCUUGCGAAGGAUCGAAGCACGAUGUCGAAUGGCUCACUGUUCUGCAUGACAAUGCACGAGCCGCCAUGGAAUCCUAUCGAUCGAGACCGCCCUCCAAAGCUACGCAUGAGCAUGUAGCGCAUGAAACUGCAUCAGAAUGGUCAGCACAAACAGCCGCCUGGAUGUAUCGCCUCCACAAGAUGUCAAACAGCCAAGAAUUCGAGGAGUAUUCUUCCUCUCGAAAGGGUUCCAUGGACACUGGCUCGUUGAUGGACCAGAAUUGGUGGGAGAGUCUGGUAUCAGGUCAGGAAGCACCAAACGUACCUGAUGUGUUGCCUCGUUCCACGGACUGGCUUCACCAGGUGCUUCAGAUGCCUGAUACAGAUGAAUCACAGGGGUUCAGAGAAGGACUCGACCUAGAGCAGGGCGGUAAAUCUUUAGAAUCCCAAAGACCGUGGUGA